AUGGCUUCUUCUAAAAAAUAAAAGAAAAAGUUAUCUAAUUAAUUGAGUAAAAAAAAAACUAUAAGGACUAAUAUAAGAAAAACAAAGUGUGAUCAAUUAGCUCAAUAUGUGAAGAAAUUCUAGAAUUAAUUUAAGUUAAAUUAAUUAGAUUUAGACAAAUAAGAGAUCAUUCCUUCAUAUUAGAGCAUUCCUACAAGUUAUUAGCUUAAAGGAAAAAAGAAGUUUCAAAAGAAAGAAGCAGUAAAAGGACUUGUAGGAUUAAAAAACUUGGGAAAUAAGUGUUAUAUGAAUGCGUCGAUAUAAUUACUUAGUAAUCUGUAGCCAUUGUCAGAUUAUUUUAUUGAAGUAUAUUUUGGAUGAGCAAAAAAAGGAUUUCCAAUUAACAGAGAUUAAUCGAAAGAAUCCAAUAUCCACGUAAGGUUUAGCAACUGUAGCAUUUGCCAAUUUAAUAAAGAGUAUCUGGCAAAUGGAUAUUCAGAAACUUACAGUUAAGGGAACACCAAUUAUUAUUCCUGAGGAAUUCAACAAAAUAAUAGGGUAUUGUAAUAAAUCCUUUUCAGAUAAUACUUAAUAAGAUGCUUAGGUAUUAAUAAAAAUUAAUUUAUGAGGAGUUUCUGAUGUAUUUACUUGAUAUGAUUCAUGAAGAUCUAAACAGAGUGACAUUUCCUAUAAAGAGUGUAUAAUUAAGAGAAUAUUUGGGAGAUUGUAAUUAAAGAGAAUUAGAAAAGUAAGCAGCAGAAACUUGGGGUGAUUAUCUAUAAAGAAGCAAAUCAAUAAUUGUAGAUUUAAUGUAAGGAUAAUUUAAGAAUUCAUUGAAAUGUUUGAGUUGUGAUAAAUAUACUUAUAAAUUUGAACCUUUGAUGUAUUUAAGUGUACCAAUUCCAGAAUCAGAUGAAUGUUAAUUAAUAGAAUGUAUUAAGGAAUAUGUUAAAGAAGAAUAAUUAACAAAUGGAAAUUAAUGGUUUUGUGAGAAUUGUAAUAAAUUAGUAGAUGCAAUAAAGAAGAUAGAUUUAUGGAAAUUGCCAACAAUUCUUAUAAUACAUUUAAAAAGAUUUAAAUUUAUUGAAAAUGGAAUUAAAAAAAUUGAAUAAGCAAUUAACUUUCCUUUUGAGAGUUUGAAUUUAAGUUAGUGUUUACCUAAACUGUAAAAAGAAAAGCCUAUAUAUGAAUUAUUAGGAGUUAUUUGCCAUACUGGUACUAGUGAUAGGGGACACUAUUACACUUAUGCAAGAAGUAAAGAGAAUUUUAAUUGGUAUCUGUUUAAUGAUAGGUAAGUAAAAUAAGUGAAUUUUAAUGAGAUACCAUAAGAAGAUGCUUAUUUAUUGAUGUAUGGCAAAAGUACAAUACCAUUAAUCAAACGUCAAACUAUAUCAUUUCCUGAGAAUUGGCCUCAUGUAAUAAAAUGAAAUCAAUUCCAUUAUCUAAUUAU